AUGUCCAACGCAAAAGAAGCAAUGGACACAGGGAUGGGAAGAGGAGCUACAACCGGCAAGGCUCCUGCUGCUACCGAGGAGUUGCGCCGUUCUUCAAGGCCUAACGCGCUUCGAUGUUAUGACUGUGGGGAGACGGGACAUCGCCAAAUAGCGUACCCCAACAAGACACGUCGUGGCCUCCUCGCCGAAGACACUAAAUGGGACGAUGACCAUGAGGAAGAUACUGAGGAUUUGAUUGAGGAAAUUGUCGAUGAUCGGAACGCAGGAGACACAGGGACACUCCUUAUGAUCAGACGUGUGUGUCUUGCUCCAAUGCGCCAAGAUGAUCAGCCAUGGUUGCGCAACAACAUCUUCGCCUCAACAUGUACGAUUAAUGGCAGAGUAUGCAGUUUUGCCAUUGAUUCGGGCAGCUGCAGAAAUGUUAUCUCCGAAGAUGCAGUGAACAAACUGGGCCCGCGCAGGUCAAACCACCCAGCACCGUACAAACUUGUCUGGCUCAAAGAGGGUAAAUCUAUUCGUGUGAGCCAUCGUGUCUUGGUUUCUCUCUCCAUUGGAGCUUACUACCACGACAAGGUCUACUGUGAUGUCGUUCCUAUGGACGUAAGUCAUGUGAUGUUGGGCAGACCUUGGCAAUACGAUCGUGAAGUCUUGCAUAACGGUCGCAGUAAUGAAUAUUCGUUCUUCUUUGAGAAUCGCCGCAUUGUACUGCUACCGUCUAAGAACUCUGAACCGACACCAGCGCCGCCUGAGACGAAGCCUCCACCUCACUUACUUGAGGGUACAGGUUAUAGUAACACAGUACUGCUAUGUUCUUACUCAACGUUCUCACAUGAACUUCGUGAUGGGGAACUCGUAUACGCGCUAGUCGCAAUGCCAAGCGCGAACCCGAGUACUGUUACGAUCGAACCAGCAAUAGCGUCUCUGCUUUCUGAGUUCGAUGAUGUGUUUCCGCAAGAGCUUCCAUUGGGACUGCCACCGUUAAGGGAGAUGCAGCACCACAUUGAUUUGGUGUCAGGCGCUUCCUUGCCUAAUCGCCCGCACUAUAGACUGAGCCCCCGAGAGCACGAGGAGCUCCGCAAGCAGGUAGAGUAA